CGCGCGCGCGCGCGGAAGGGGCCAAUCAGCGUGCGCGCCGAGGCUUCCUCGCGCCGCUGCCUCCUCGCUCUCUCCCCCCUCCCACCUCUUGCCCCCGCCCGCGCGACGUUGCUCGCUGCUCCCCACUCGCUCCCCCUCCCUUCCCGACCCCCCCUCUGGAGGAGCUGAGCCCCCCCUCCCCCGCUCGUUGCCGCCGCCAUGGACCCGAGCAACUGGAGCAGCUUCAUCUUCCAGCAGAGUCACACACAGAACCCGCUGCAAGUUGGGACAGAAAUCCCAUCCAGGUUUUUUGCCACUCAGGGCUGCAGUCAAAGCCCCUUCCAGACGGCCACCACAACAGCCCCUCCCCAACAGUCAGCCACCCCUGCUGAGUCCCUUCAAGUGGACCUCUUGCCAGUUUUAGCUGCUGCCCAGGAAACAGCAGCAGCUGCCGCUGUUGUUGCUGCUGCCACUGCUUCUGCACCAGCUGCCUCCACGGUAGACACAGCUGCCCUGAAACAGCAGCAGCCUUCCGCUUCUGAAGGUGGUGGGGGGCAGGUAGCACCCCCAACUCAAACCACCCAAGCCCCAACUCCCCAGGCAGCUCCUUCCACACCACAGCCAGGUGAGGCUCAGAAGAAGCCGAAGAGCAAAGGGCCCUACAUCUGCUCCCUGUGUGCUAAAGAGUUCAAAAAUGGCUACAACCUGCGACGCCAUGAAGCUAUUCACACGGGGGCCAAAGCUUCUCGUGCUGGACCUACGACCAUGAAGAUGCCCACUAUGGUUCCCCUCAGCUUGCUUAGUGUGUCGGCCAUCGGUGGGACAGCCCCAGCAACACCUGCCCCUGCUGAAGGGGCAGGGAACACAACAGGGUCAGGCGCAGGGCUGGUGACCACUACAGCGUCAGGCAAACGCAUCCGGAAGAACCAUGCGUGUGAGAUGUGUGGGAAAGCCUUUCGGGACGUCUAUCACCUCAAUCGGCAUAAGCUGUCACACUCAGAUGAGAAGCCCUAUCAGUGUCCUGUCUGCCAGCAGCGGUUCAAGCGGAAGGACCGCAUGAGCUAUCACGUCCGUUCGCAUGAUGGUGCUGUGCAUAAGCCGUACAUCUGCAGCCACUGUGGGAAGAGUUUCUCACGGCCAGACCAUUUGAAUAGCCAUGUGCGGCAAGUCCACUCAACAGAGAGGCCCUUCAAAUGUGAGAGAUGUGAAGCAGCCUUUGCCACCAAGGAUAGGCUGCGUGCUCAUACGGUCCGUCAUGAGGAGAAGGUGCCAUGUCAUGUGUGUGGAAAGAUGCUGAGUGCUGCCUAUAUCACGGACCACAUGAAAGUACACAGCCAAGGGCCGAAUCAUGUCUGUGAACUGUGCAACAAAGGUACGGGUGAGGUCUGCCCCCUCGCGGCAGCUGUCUCAGCCCCACCUCCUGCUGCCGUCACGGUGCUGCCCAUGGAGGGAGCCUCGGUUGUGAGCCAAGCCCUCCCCACGCAGCCCUGGUGAUUUGUGGCAGUGGGGAGGCAAGAGCUGACCCUCCCAGCCCCAUCCCUCUCCCUCACUGGCAGCUGGAGCCUCCAAGCCCAGAUGGAUAUGCAGUGGCCAUAUUUGGGUGUCUAAUUUAAUGGUGGUUUCAUUCAUUCUCUCCCCUGCCUGUGCUCAUAAAAUAAUGGGGCUGGGAAAGCACUUGUCCAGCCAACACAGCCUCCCUUCUUCAGAGGGCGCCUUGUUCUGAGGGGCGUGGAAGGGCUUUGUGCGCAUUCAGAGAGCAGCCUGAUUUUACUGACUCCCCUGCUCUAGCACCCUUUUUAGCCCCCACAAGGGUCCUUAAAAUCCAUGCACCCUCCCCUGUCCUUGGCCAAAAUGCUACCGUCUUUGUCCCCAUAAGUCUCUUGCUCAUUCCAGCAGUGUCCCCUCUAGCCCCUGAAUGAACUAUGAAAAAGUGAGAGAGAGUGGGACAGAAAGACUUGACUAGCUCAGCUCAGGAACAGAAAGCAUGAAGGGUUCAAGGCUGGGAUAUCUGUGGGCCACAGUUGUGGGACAGUAUUGCAGCUGGAGAGGAGCUGAGAAUUGAAGGUUGAACGGGGUGUUGGUUGAGGGGAUUGGCAGAGCUUGGGGAGCCCACAGAGGGUAUGAAUCAGGACUGAGGGGUAUGCUGGGUCCCUGGAGCUCACGUCUGGGCUAAUAUAGGAGGGCUGUGGUAGGAUGGGAUGGAGAAGGGCUUCCAUGUCUGGUGCCCUCCAUUCCUUCCGCUGAGGAGCUGCUCUGAAUUUCCUUCCCUGCCCAGCACCUCAUUCUUCUGUGGUGUCUGUUUUAAUGCUCGAUUCCCUUGGCUUACCUUGUGAUUCGUGUUCCAAGCGUGUCGGCCUUCUACACCAAGCGUUGAUACCCCACCCCCAAAUACCUUCCUUGUUGCAUGCAGCCCCCCAGUUUGGGGUUAGAGUCUCUUGCUUUUUUGUAUUAUAUAUAUAAACAAAUCCCCUGACAUUUAAAAUAAGCUUCUUCUGUGUUUUUUUGUUUUCGUUAACACAAAAUGUAAUGAAGCCUCGUCCAUCUAUCCUGUCUACCUGCUCCCUUCCCCAGCCCCCUAAAUCCUUCCCUCUUCUGUGCACCCUUCUUUCUGGAUCUGUGUCUCCACAGCAAAAAUUUUUAGUAAAAACAUUGAAGGAAAAAUA